UUUGCAUUCAUUCAUGGAAUCCCACAUAGAUGGAGUGGUCCUUUUGGCAACUGAUUUUGUACAGAAGGAUGAGAAGAAAGAUGAAAGAGUAGAUCGUAUUUUAGAUAUGAUCAAUAGUAAACAUGAUUGGAACAAUCAUGUUUGGGGAGUAAAAGAAGGUACGAACUCUGAAUUUGAGGAAUCUGGCGAAGAGAAAGGAGAGGAUCAAACAGCUGAUACUGAGAGAGGUGAAAAUAGUCAUGUUGCAGGGAAUGUUGAUGGCACAGCUGAUGUUUCGGGAAGAAACAAGAGAAAGCAUGCAGACCGAGGAGCAGAGUCAAGGAAAAAGAAUGUUUUGUGCCACCUAGCUGCUUCAUCAAAAGGAAAUAUUGACACAGAUAUGAAAAAUUUCUUGGAGGAUCUGGUACAAGCUUCUUUUACUGCUUUUGGGGAGAAAUUCUGUCAGCAGUUCUCGGACAGGUUGGGUAAGAUUGAGACUGAGGUUACACAACUCAGGACAGCUUCAGAGAGAACUGAGCAAUUUGAGACCGUUGUAACCGACAGAUUGGGGAAAAUUGAGGCUGAGGUUACACAGCUCAGGACAAGUUUAGUGGUGACUGAAUUGGUGGGAAAGAGUGAUCAAGCAAGCGGUCCUAGCUUGACCAAAAUCAACAGUGGUCCUAGCACCAGCAAAAAAGGAACUGCUCCAACAAAGAAAAAGGCUGUAAAAAACCAAGAGUUAAAGACUGCUGAUUCGUGUGUCAAUUUACCUCGUGCAAAAGUACUCAAUCAUCAGCUAGUGAUCUUCGUAUGGGUACACAAGAGUUUUUGGAAAGUUGCAUGAAGAACCUUCCAUUAGACACAUUUGUGAAAGGUUUGAAUCCUUCUCAAGCUAAAGUCGAAGAUUCAUUGGAUUGGUUGGAACUUCCUA